UUCCGGGAAAUAAAAACCUUGCAACUUUUGGUAAAUAUGCACUGCAGCAUGCAGAUGAGAGCUUAUCAGCUUAUGUGACUGGGUGCACUUACUAGAUGUAUGAUUGCUUAGUGAUUACAAUGGACUCUACAGAUAUUGUCCCUGACUUUAUAGACGACCCUGGCAAAGAUUAAUUUUGACAGAUGUGAUAGGUGAUGUAGCUGGUCUUGCCAUGGAAUUUGAAAGUGAUGAGGAAGUGGACAAUGGCAUAGGUUAUAAAGAGUGGCUCCUAUGGAGAAAUAGCAAGAUACUAGUAAUUAUACCUUCAAUUUUCUGAUUAGUAUGGUGUACAAUAUUGAAAGUUAUAACAGAUGUUAUGAACAAGUCCCAUGCCAAUUCUUCUGAAUUCACUGACCUCACAUCUCCUAUCAAACAUUCUACAACACUGGAUAUGUUCACAGUUGGUCUACCUUCCAUACUACUGGCCCAUGUUAUGGACUUCUCAACAUCUGAGUUUCUCAGUGGUUUCUCUACCAUGAUUUAUAUUCCUGUAGUUCACCUGGUAAUACAUAAUUUUACUUCGGCAAAAUCACCUAUCUGCUGGGCGGACAUUUCCCAUGAGAGAGAGUGCGUCACGCGCUGCCGGCAGUUGUUUGCUGAUCGCCGCGUCGGGCAGACACGGUCAUUCUGGGUCAUACGGACUUCCAAGUUUUUGCUGUUUUCUUUCAGAUAAGGCCACGAUACUUGUUACGCAGUGCGGCAGCCAUGUCGGAGUCUGGUGAAGCGUCCUCUGCCUCUCGAUCCCCUUCCCCUCCUGCCCCACGUGCCUUCUGUGGGCCUUCUCCUCUCCCUGGGUCCACUGUUCGCCCUCAAGAUGACGACGACAGGCACAGGGAUCAUUCAUCUCGUCGCUUGAGUGGGAGGCAUGGUUGCGUGAGAUUACGUAACAGUGCUGACGCACGUGGUUCCCGCGGCACUUCUCCUGCUCCUCCCCCUUGGUCAGUUGUGUUAGACGCCUUGGCUGAUUUGCGGGGUGAAGUGGAGGCCUUGAAGGCAGACAGACGGCAACUACCACCCCCUACUGGGUCGGCGCAGGUGACUGUGGAGGACAGUACUCUGGGGGGCUGGGGUUUGUCGCCUCCUUGUUCUGCCACUUUUUCUGGUUUCUCGGCCAGGAUGAGUGAGGAUGAGGCAGUGUCGAUGCCUGCCGCCCCUGCUGACAGCACCUUAAUUCAGGGCACUAAGGCCUUUGGUCCUUCUGACACGGUGGUUGCUGACAUUGACAAUAGAGUGGCAGAGAUGGUAAACUUUCUCUUUGAUAAUGGUAUGAGAGAGGAGGACUACAAGGCCAUGUGUGAGGACGAUGUUGUCAAGAGGCCUAAUAACUGCCAUGCUCUUGCGCCAGUGGAAUGCAACCCACAGGUGUUGGAGGCCCUGAAGCUGGAUGCCAGGAAGACAGACUUCCGCUUGAAGGAGGUAAAUAAGGACAUCCUGCGGGCUUCAACCAUUAUCACCAAAUCCUUAGUGGCACUGGAUGAUUUGGCUGAACAGGAAGGUAACCCCAAGUUGGCACAUGAGGUGAGCAUGCUAAAUGGUGCAUUGGCAUUGCUAGGCAAUGCCAAUCACAGGAACAAUUUGGCCAGGCGUUUUGUCAUGAAACGCGAGAUAAACUAUAAAUAUGCUCAUCUUUGUUCAGAUAAGGUGCCAAUUACUCGCUUUCUGUUCGGUGACGAUGUGUCCCAGUCUGCCAGACAAACUGAGGAAGCGGAGAAACUGCGGAGUAAGUUCUCGCAGAAAAAGCCUGCCUUUACUAGCAAGUUCGCAGGUAAACGCCCUGGUGGAUAUUGGAACAAGCCUGCUAGUAGGGGAUAUUACGCCAGGUUCCAACCCUACGGGCAACAGAGGUAUGGCUCCAGGGCUGCCCCACGACUGCCUUCCACUCGUCAGGAUGUGGAGCCAAAAAACUCCAAGGGCCGGGGCGGCCGCAGCAGGCAGCCCCAGUAA